UGUACAGUCAUGACAUCACCCUCCUGCUCACGUAUAUAUAGGGCAUGGCCAGAGCAUCUCUCACAGUUCACUCACUUUCAAAGCCAGCUGAAGGCAAGAGGAAGCACCAAGAGAGCUCCUUCCGUGUCUGUGUGGACCUGCUUGUCAGAAGGCUGAGAGAAGAUGAUAGGAAUGAACCUUCAGCUGGUGUGCCUGACUCUCCUGGCUUUCAGCUCCUGGAGUCUGUGCUCAGAUUCAGAAGAAGAUGUGAGAGCCCUGGAGGCAGAUCUCCUGACAAAUAUGCAUGCAUCGAAGAUCAGCAAAGGAAGUCCUCCCUCUUGGAAAAUGACCUUGCUCAACGUUUGCAGCCUGAUCAAUAACCUGAACAGCGCAGCGGAGGAAGCGGGAGAAAUGCGUGAUGACGACCUUGUUGCGAAAAGGAAACUUCCCCUUGUCCUGGAUGACUUUAGCUUGGAAGCGCUGCUGACCGUAUUCCAGCUCCAGAAGAUCUGCCGCAGCAGGGCCUUUCAACACUGGGAGAUAAUUCAGGAGGAUAUCCUCGAUCGUGGCAAUGAGAAAACUGAGAAGGAAGAAGUGAUAAAGAGAAAAAUCCCUUAUAUUCUGAAACGGCAGCUCUAUGAGAAUAAACCCAGAAGGCCCUACAUACUCAAGAGGGCCUCCUACUACUACUGAGAAGUUAAUUCUUGACAUGUGAUUGACAUCCUUUACCUGUUAUCUAGAUACACAUGAUGCUUAUCUAGAUAUAUAAUUAUAUGUGUGUAUAAAUGUAUGCCAGAACUUGAUUAUUUUACCUUUUCCACAAUUGUGCUUUCUUGGAUGGGAUUUUCCUGCAUUCAUGUAAACUGGAUGUAAUGUUUUCAAAUAAAUGUAGAUCUCGAGCAUGAUGUGUUCUGUAUCAUUGGGACAGAUAAUAAUUUUAUCAUAUGUAGAAUGUUCUGUGAUUUUGCAAGAUAUGUAAUGGGUCAUGGCAUUUAGCACUUUAUGGGACAUUAUAAGAGAUUAUAACAAAAUUGAGCACACACCAUUAACCCAAAGUAGAACAAUGGCACCAUUUUGAUUAUUUGAUGGCUUUAUUAUUAACUGAACAAAAUAUACACACUUUCCAUAAACUGCUAGCUCAUCUCUCAGUACAAAGGAAAGUUACUAUCAUAUAAAGACCCAUCUGGAAGACUUGUUAAUGAAACAUCAUUCUUUAUGCUGAUCUCAGUGUAUCUUUACGUGGAUAUUUUGCCUGUCAAAUGAACUGAUAGCUAAUAAAAGUCAACAAUCAUCAUAAUCUAA